CUUUCAGCUUUGUAGAAAGUCCUGGUUUAAGAAGAAUCGCAACACACUAACUAAUCUGCAGAAAGUGUCGUAAAUCUUAUUUGGUUUAUAGGGGCUGCUUGGUAUCUGCUUUUGUUGUCGGUAUUUUACGCCAUCAUUAAGUGCAACGGAUGUACGAGUACAUCGAUAUAUGGAUGAUCCUGCAUAUAUUUUCCACCAUAUCGCAUUGCUUUAUAAAUUCAAAAAUUUAGAAGUUGCGAACUGCCAAAUCCAUAUUACUGGAUGUGGUGGGUAAGCGUAAAUAAUGCCAUCGGGAAAAGAAGUAAGAUAAAUUUUGAAAUUUACGAACCAGUUUCCGGUGCCGCAACCGGCAGAGCAAAUCAGCCGGCUCGAAGCCGGUAUUCGCGAGAACACUGGAUGCGUUGAUCGCGUCUUUUUCACCCGGCUGCUAACGCUGGCGUGGGAGGUCCACUUGUUUUCCUUCAUUUGCCUAAUUUACUGUUCACAAGCUCACUGACAAUCGUUCAGCAAUCAGUGGACGCUUUAUUGGUUAGUAAUUGUCUCGGGCCAUGGAAGUGAAAUGUACUGGCAAAGUUACCGUCACCUUGCAAAUGCCGCAUGCAUGCACUUUACUGCGCAUCGUUUUCAUUCGAAACCAACUGUAGUGGAAUGCCGCAAUAAAUGCGCCAAAUCUGUAUCGUUUGGAAAUUCCCUGUAAUCUGAGGAGAAAUUUACAAUUUUAAUGUAAUGGAAACCUUCCGACGCUUUAUUCGGACAACGUUCAGAACUAAGACGGUUCAGUUUGAGUAUUUCCGAUGCCGAUACGCACCUCGAUAUAAAGGGCUACUGCAUCUUCUUGUUCAAGGGAUCGGCACCGGAAAUGCGUUGGGGGUGUACGUGUUCAUCGCGGUUUCGGCCAAGAAUUUCGCCGGUCCAGCAAUAAUAUUGUCCGCAUUGGGAGUGGCGGUCGUAACCUGGAUAACAGGUUCGUGUUACUCGGAGUUGGCCUGUCGGCUGCCGCUGAUGGGCUCAUCAUAUCUGUAUGCCUACGUCGUUUACGGUGAGAUUAUGGCCUUCAUCCUGGGAUGGAAUCUAAUCAUGGAAUCGGUGAUGAGUGUGGCCCUGGCGGGCUUAGCAUUGUCACAGCAUCUCAACGUGCUCUCAUCCGGUCGCAUGAACACGGCCGUCCGGCAGCUGAUGGGCGGCACCCCCUGGGAACCCGAUCAACCGCCGCAAAUUGUCGCUGUCGGAUUAAUUGCUCUCGUGGCCUCGGCGGCGAUCUGCCGGAAUAAAAAUGGGACGCUUACCAUUCAUUCGUGCCUUUUUGUACUGCACAUUCUUGUAAUCAUCGCUGUAGCUUUCUUGGCCAUGUUCCACGUCAGCAGUGAUAAUUGGGGAAGUGAUGAAACAUUCUUUCGUCCGGGUUCGCAUGGAAUCAUGUCUGCUGCCGCCUUACUAAUAUCGUCCGCUAACGGGAUAAAAAGUAUUGCCAUGGCCGCUGAGGAAACGCGGAAGCCCAGCCGGAAUAUUCCCCUAACCCAUACAUUGACUGUGAUGAUCACGUCCGUCACAUUGUUCGUUCUUUCGUGCCUUAUAACGCUCAGUAUUGAUGCCAGCGCGCUGAGUGACAGCGCGCCAAUCCUCGAUCUAUUUGACACUCUGCGUGUAAAAAAUGCCAAGUAUUUCAUCGGCGGUGGUGCCAUAUGCGGAUUUCUACUGGCCAUAAAUACACAACUAAAUUAUGCGGAACGGAUGUUGUUUUGUAUGGCACGUGAUGGGCUACUUCCGCAAUGGUUCCACAAAUGGAGUUACGGGACUAAUACUCCGUGGUCAUGCCGACUGUGUGUCACGCUGGCAGCAUGCAUUAUCACCUUGACCAUACGAUAUGAUUGGCUGCUGCAGUCGGUCUCCAUCGGAAGUAUAAUGGGAUUUGCUGUGACGUGUUUAGCCACGAUAUCCGUCAGAUAUGAUCCGUGCCAGAUUGGGCUCGCUGCAGGAAAUCCGCUAAGAAAAACUGUAUCGGCGGAUAGUUUUAUAUUAUCCCGGGCCAGUUCUCAAAUGUCUAAUGAGUCGGAUCUGUCUACAUCGACGUCCAGGAUGUCACAAAAAAGCAGCCAAUCACGAGAAAGUGUGCGGCUAAAAGAAUUGACAACUUUACUGGCUGGAACUGCGGAUAAAGCCACAAGUACCGGACCUUAUGGUUCAAGUUCACCGCCUUCAUCGUCAAUCUCCCCCGCUGAAAGUGUGGCCAGUCUACCCAGUCUGCAAUCCUACAACCGGAUCACUCGCGCACUAUGGAUUUUCGUGGUUUCUUCGAUUAUCCUUGCCAUUACAAUCGCAUUCGGUCAUAGCGUAGUCGAUUCCGAAUGGGACUGGUUGUGGGUGAUCUUGUCGGUGACUUGUAUUUUCAUAACUGUAUGUUGCUCACUGGCCGUUUUCCGUGGUCCAGCCAAUGGGAUGCCGUUGGUGUAUUCCGUCGGCGGUAUGCCUUUUCUGCCGAUGCUGGCAUUUACGUGCUUGGUGGUAAUGAUGUUCCAUCUUUCGGUGUUGGCAUGGUUGCGGUUGAUUGUGUGGUCUAGUGCCGGGUUUGUUAUAUAUUUCCUGUACAGCAGAAGGCGUAGCCAAUUAGGCCGGCCGGUAGAGGAGGAGCUCAUGUCGUACGAAAAUCGAGGGGCUGCCAAUUCUGUAUAGCAUGCUCUUUUUGUAGAUUUGUUGUCCUAAUGUUUGUAAAUUAAUUAAGUAUUAUUUGUACAUUUUUUGUGAUGUAGUAUUUCAGUAAGUCGCUGAUGUAGUAAGUCGAUAACACUACUUAGUGCUUAAGCGAACUGGACUGCAGAAACGUAAAACGUGUUUUGCUGGAAAUGCUUGAAAUUUACCAGAUAGAUAUGCUCGAAAAAAGAGUAUGCACUGAGCAUAGUAUCUGUGAAGAAGCGUUUAUUUUGAAGGACGAAAAGAAUUAAUAACGAUAC